AUGUCAACAACGGAACCGGUGGCAUCUUCGUCACUAGAGUUAUUACGUUCGACACGUGGUAUUUCACCGGAAAAACAGUAUGCUUUACAAAAAAAAGUUUUCGAAAGGUUUGCGACCGUUAAACUUGAUGGACAGAAAUAUAUGAACCGAGAGGAUUUUAUUUCGGCUAUAGCACCGGGGGAGGAUUACAAAAAAAUACAAAAAGUACAAUUCGCUAUAUUGUUUAGGAUAGCUGAUAAUAGGGGGAAAGGUUUAAUAUCUUUUCAGGACUUUAUAGUAUUCGAAAAUCUAUUGUCAAAACCUGAUGCGGAUUAUGAAAUCGCUUUUAGAUUAUUUGACGUGAAAGGUAAAGGCAAGAUCACCGUUGAACAAUUUAAGGAGAUCCUGACCUCAAAUGUAGAACCAGAUAGCGUUCCUUUUAAUUUCGAUUGUGAUUGGUUAAAAUAUUAUGUUGGAUGGAAUAAUGACAAGAAACACGAAUUAGAUUAUGAAGAAUUUACUCAAUUGUUAAAAGGUUUGCAGGCUGAACGUUUGAGACAAGAAUUUAAAUAUUAUGAUCAAGAAGGAUCAGGUUACAUCGCUCCUGAAUCUUUCAAGCGAAUCAUCCUAUCUAUCGCGAAACAUAAAUUAUCUGAUUAUCUCAUAGAACAUUUACCCACUCUAUGUAACAUAUCAGUCGGUAAAAAAAUAAACUAUGCUACCGUUGUGGCGUUUCAUAACGUUGUAAGACAAACGGAUAUGGUUGAAAGGAUUGUGUUGAGGGCUAUAUCAGAAAGUAGUGAUGGAUGUAUCACGAAAAACGAUUUUCUUAAUACCGCUGCAAAAGAGACGAGAUUUUCUUUAUUUACCCCAUUAGAAGCUAAUAUAAUAUUUCACUUUGCUGGACUUGGAAAUCCUUCGGGAAGGUUAAGUAGAAGGGAUUUUUCACAAUUGUUGGACCCUAAAUGGCAAAGAAAACCAGAUCAACAUAUACCAGAAAAAACACAAGCAAAAGAACAUAAAGGAAUUUUAUGGGCCGUGUUACAUCACAUGUACUCUUUUACUCUUGGGUCGAUCGCUGGUGCCGUUGGUGCAACCGUCGUUUAUCCAAUCGAUUUGGUAAAAACGAGAAUGCAAAAUCAGAGAUCAAAGGUUGUAGGAGAAUUAUUAUAUAAAAAUAGUAUCGAUUGUUUUCGGAAAGUCAUAAGGAAUGAAGGCCUUUUAGGUCUUUACAGUGGUCUCGGUCCUCAAUUGGUUGGAGUUGCUCCGGAAAAGGCUAUCAAGCUGACAGUGAACGAUCUUGUAAGAUCAAAGUUAAAGAAUGAGAAUGGCAUGAUUCCAUUAAAAUACGAAAUUUUGGCUGGUAGUACUGCAGGAGGUUGUCAAGUGAUUCGACUUCAAAUACAAGGAGAGAUGGCAAAGAAAUUAUCACCAGACAUUCAACGUAGAUCAGCGUUGUGGAUAGUAAGGAAUCUCGGAAUAUUAGGAUUAUAUAAAGGAGCGUCGGCGUGUUUGUUAAGAGACAUACCAUUCUCGGCCAUUUAUUUUCCAGCAUAUGCACAUCUUAAAUCAGAUGUGUUUGGAGAGGGACCAGAGAAAAGUCUAAGCAUAGGAGAGUUAUUAUCAGCAGGAGCCAUAGCUGGAAUGCCGGCAGCGUAUUUAACCACACCAGCCGAUGUGAUCAAGACAAGGUUACAAGUUGAAGCAAGGAAAGGGCAAACAGCUUACAACGGUAUAUUUGAUGCGGCAAGGAAAAUCUGUGCAGAAGAAGGAUUCAAAGCUUUCUUUAAGGGAGGGCCAGCCAGAGUAUUCAGAUCAUCCCCACAAUUUGGUACAACUUUAAUGGUUUACGAAUUGUUGCAACGAUGGUUCCCUUGGAACGCUACAGAAGAAAAGGUUGGUAAGGUUGUCAGCAAUGUCACAGAAACUGGGGAUCUGGGUGGUUACCUUAAAAGUAGAAAUGCCUUAAAAAUCUUAUUGGAUUUGGAUUAUAAAUUUGGGGUAGUUCCAAAGAAUAUUAAUGUACCUAAUGUUGCAUCUUAA